AUGCCCGCCCUGCGCUUUGUACUCCUCCUGCUAUACCUUUUAAUCCAGCGCGCCGCAACCUCCGACGCAAACAACUACUUCAUCAACCCCUCCUCCGGCAACGGCAUCAACCCCGUCUGGACCUUAGGAGACGACCAGGUCAUCUCCUGGAAAACGACCCUGGGGGUGUUCAAUGUCUCCAUCUGGCAGCAGAGUCUGGUCCAGCAGAGCGCCGCCAGUCAGGGAAAUAUCUAUUCCAAAAUCCACCCCACCGACUCCGUCACAAACUUCACCUGGCCCGUCCAGCUCUACGGCUUCGACCUCGAGUACUCCAACGUCUUCUUCCUGUGGAUUGACCCCGACGAGGCGGGUGGGUUCGUCUCGUGCUAUUUCAAUAUCUCCAGGCCGACGGCCUCGUCGACGCGCGAGGCGGGCUCGACGACGGGAUCUGCGCUGGUGCAGAAGACUGGUGGUGCGGGGGUGGUUGCUACUGCUCCUGCUAGUGCUACAGCUACAGCUACAGGGUCUGGUACGGGAACGGGUGCCAUGGCCACAGGCUCAACUGAUAACGAGACCGGGGCGUUAACGGGGCCGAGUCGGUUGGCGCUCGGGGUCGGUCUCGGGGUCGGGGUCCCGUUGCUUGGGGCGGUGGUGGCGCUGGGGGUUGUGGUGGGGAAAUGGAGGCGGGAUUUGCAAGUACAGGGCGGUGGUGCGGGGGGGAAGGAGGGGUCGUCGUCGAAGGCGACUCUUGCGUCUGCUGCUGGUGGGGCUGGGUAUGGGUGUGGGUAUGAGUAUGGGCCUGGGUAUGAGUAUGAGUACGGGUCUGGGCAUGCGCGUGGACAUGGACAUGGAUACCAGCAUUACGGAGGUGGGGAGGGGCCGAAGGAGGUGGUCGGGUCGGAGCCGAGGGACAGAUUGGGUGGAUGUGGGGGUGGGGAUUGGGCGGAGUUGAUGGGCAGUGAGAGGUGA